AUGGCGGUGACCGUUUCGGCGGAUAGUGACGUGGUGUCAUUCCUGCAGCAAGCGGGGGCGCGCUACGCGGAGCACAAGGAGCUGCUGCGCCGCAAGCACUUGGAGGACGAGCGAAGGCAAUGCCCGUUCAAGCCGACCGUGUCGGAGUACGCGGAGGGGAUGAACCGUCACUCCACCACCCGCCGCAGCGAGGCCGUGGAGAAGCGGCUGCACGAGUUGCACGCCAAGCGCCUUGAGGCGGCGCAGGCGCGACAGGCCGAGAGCCAAGAGCGGCAGCGAGCCGAGAUGGCGGCGGAGAUGCGUGCGCCGCAGGUGACGGCGCGGGCGCGCUCACUGGUCUCGCGUGAUCCAACCGACGUUUCGCGGAAGUGGCUGGAGCAGCGGGAGGAGAAGUUGGCUCGACUGCGCGAGGCGGCACUGCGGCGCGAGCUGGAGGCACUGCGCGAUGUCCCACGCAUCUCGCAAUACGCCCAGGAGAAGUCCAUCUCCGAGCGUCACCAGGGCCAAACGAUAGAAGACUACUUUAUGGCGAAGGAGGCGGCACGGCGGGAGCGCAUGUACUGGCUGGCAGAGGAGAGCGUGGGCAUGAAAAGUAGCCUCAGUGACGGCUCCUCCUCACGUCCAGGGGAGCUGCCUGAGCGGCCGCAGUCCUCGUUCACGCCUCGUAUUACGGCGUACGCCAAGCAGCUUCACCGCCCGGGAAACAUUGAGGACCGGUUGCUUGCGGAGGGGGGAAAGGAGAGAGGGGCACCGCGCGACACGUCGUGCACGUUUGCGCCGUGCGUGGCUCCGGCAUCGCUGGAGUUGUCUAGGAACUACUACAGCGACCCGAGUGCGCCGGUGUAUGACCGGUUAUACCGCAAUGACGCACUGAGGAUGCGCGAGCUGCGGCGUCAGAGGGCGGGCGUGGCUCCGCAAAAGGAGCCGACGGGCAUUCCCUGCAUCAGCGAGACGUCGCGCCUCAUCGUGGAGCGCAAGAGGGCGGAGGCGACGGAAAAAGAACUCCAGCAUAGCCCGACAACGCGUCUCCACCCCUCCUCGCGCGAGGCCGCUAAGUGUGCCCGGGAAAAGCAAUCCCUUCAGAAGGCGCGGGAAAGGGAAGAGAGGGAGCAGUGCACGUUUAGACCGCGUGUCAAUCGCACCUCGGAAAAAAUGUGGCGGCACCAAUUGCAGAUGCUGCAGGAGGACGGCUACGCGCCGACGGCGGAGGGGGCGCGGGAGCUUUUGUGGCGGCGUUCGCAGCAGCGCAUGGACGAAGAGGUUCGGCGACGCCGGGCGAUGGAGGAGGCGCAGGAGAUGGCGGAGUGCACAUUCCACCCCAAAGUGGGGCGGUCACCGGAGCGGCGCGUGGGCCGCGAACUCUCCGUCUCACAGCGCAGCGAGAUGUGGCAGUGGCAGCGGGAGCGCCGUCUGCGUGAGUCCAGGGCGGAGUUGGAACGCACGCAGCUGUCGGAGUGCUCCUUUCGCCCCGCGGUGGAUCCGGUGUUUCCGCUGCCUGCGCAGGAUGCGACGGCCGUCUCCGGGUAUGAGGCCCACAUUUUGCGGCAGGAGGAGUCGCGCCGGCGCAAGCAGGAGGCACAGGAGUGGUGGCGGCCAAAGCAGGUGCCUCCAGGCGAGCCGAGCGUCUCGCGCCGCACGGUUUGCUCCGUUUCAGGGCCCCAGCGUCAACACCCGCAGCCGCAGCGGGAGUCCGGACGCACGCGACAGGCCUGGGCGUCGCCUUUGCGGCGAAGUCGCAGUGCCGCCGCCUCUUCCUCCUCCUCCGGUAGAGACCGCACGCAGUUUGUGGUGUGUCAAGCCCCGUCGUGCGUAAGUUCGGUGUCGGCCCGCUCAGUGUCCUCCUCGCCGCCGUGGCGGGGCCAUCAAAAUUUUCAUCACCAGAAUUUUCACUACAGUGGCGACAACGGCAUGGCUGCUGCGGUGCAAAGUGCGAAGCCAAGUCCCGUAGAAUUUAUGAUAAACCAUCACCGUGCAAUUGUGGAGACGUCGCGGCGACGCGGGUAG